AUGGAACAGAGACCUCCAUCUGUAUAUAAGCACCAGAAGAAGAAGAAGAAGAAAGCUACACACACACUGAAACUUUGUCUUCAACUAGGUAAUCAUCCAUCCAUCCAUUCACCAUCCUCCAUUGAAGGCAUUGAAGGGAUGGGGAGGGGGAGGAUGAACUGGGUUUUGCAGCUAUGGUGGAUGGGAAAGGUGGUGGCUCAUCAGUUGUUGUUGGGUUUGGUUCCUGCUUGGUCUCUGCAGGAGAGUACUCCAGCAGCCAGUUGCAGGAGGGUUCAAGAGAACAGCAAUGGCAGAUUGCCUAAUGGAGUCCAGCUGCUCUUACAGCAUCAGAAAGUGGUGAUGGAUAAUGGCCUAGUUCGAGUCAGUUUGUCGGUGCCAGAUGGUUUUGUCACCAGUUUACAGUACAAAGGAUCGGAUAAUUUACUCGAGCCUGGCAAUGACGAAGAUGAUAGAGGGUAUUGGGACAUCGUUGGAUACAACCCUGAAUCUGAAAGCAAAUCAGACAAAAUAAAGGGGACAAGUUUUCAAGUCAUAAAGAAUGACACGAAUCAAAUAGAGCUUUCUUUCUUGAGGACGUGGAAUGCUUCAGCUGGUGGUUCAGGAAUUCCUUUAAACAUUGACAAAAGGUUCAUAAUGCUGGCUGGCCAAACUGGGUUUUACUCGUACGGCAUAUACGAGCGUUUGCAAGGAUGGCCUGACCUGGAUAUUGAUCAAACAAGGAUUGUUUUCAAGCUUAGGCAGUCCAAGUUCCGUUACAUGGCCUUAUCGGAUGAAAGGCAAAGGAUAAUGCCACAAGCUCAAGAUCGCGAAGCUGGGAAGCCCCUUGCCUACCCAGAAGCUGUUCUCUUGUCUAACUCAACUAAUGCAGUCUACAGAGGAGAGGUAGAUGAUAAGUACAUGUACUCCUGCCCAAACAAAGAUAAUCGAGUUCAUGGGUGGAUAUCCUACAACCCAAACAUCGGUUUCUGGAUUAUCACACCAAGCAACGAGUUUCGCACUGCAGGCCCAGUGAAGCAGGACCUCACCUCUCAUGUCGGCCCAACCGCCCUUUCUAUGUUUGUCAGUGUACAUUAUGCUGGCAAGAGUACAGCGUUGCAAUUCAGAAAUGGAGAGCCAUGGAAGAAAGUCUUCGGUCCAGUUUUCAUGCAUCUUAACUCUGCUCCAUCUGACCAAACUCCCAGUUUGCUAUGGAAUGAUGCUAAAGCUCAGAUGCAGAAAGAAACUGAAAGUUGGCCUUAUGAUUUCCCACUUUCAAAAGACUUCCCUUAUGCAGCUGAACGAGGAAAUGUCACGGGUCAAUUACUAGUUUGUGAUCGAUACAUCAAUGAAGAAUGUAUGCCAGGAGGCAACGCUCAAGUGGGUUUAGCUCUACCUGGAGACAUAAGAUCAUGGCAAACAGAAAGCAAGCUAUGUUGUCUUCACAGCUCUUUAAUUCUCUCAACAAAUGUCAGAGGAACCAAUAAUUCUCGACUUAGCCUUGAAAUUAUGUACCUAUGUCUGUGUGUUUGUCCUCAGGGUUAUCAAUUCUGGACCCAGACAGACAAAGACGGGAACUUCUUGAUUAAAGGAGUCCGAAGCGGGAACUACAGCCUGUAUGCUUGGGUCCCCGGCAUCGUAGGAGAUUACAAACACACUACUAGUAUCAUCAUCACCCCAGGAUCAGCAAUCAAUCUGAGUGUUCUUAAAUAUUAUCCCCCAAGACAUGGUCCUACCUUUUGGGAAAUAGGUAUCCCGGACCGAACCGCUGCAGAGUUCUUCAUUCCUGAUCCGGUCCCGUGGCUCAUAAACCAUCUUUACAUCAAACAAGACAAGUUCAGGCAAUAUGGCUUGUGGCAGCAGUAUACAACUCUAUAUCCCAAGAAGGACCUUGUCUACACUGUGGGUGUUAGUGUUUACCGUAAAGAUUGGUUCUAUGCGCACGUUACCAGGAGCCUAGGAAAUGAUGAGUAUCGAGCAACCACAUGGCAGAUCUUAUUUGACCUCCAAAAUGUGUCAAGUUCUGAAACUUAUAUGCUUCAGUUGGCGCUUGCAUCGACUAAUGGUGCUCGAUUGGAAGUUCGAUUCAAUAACCAAACAGCUCAACACCCUCACUUUUCAACAGGGCUAAUUGGCAGGGACAAUGCAAUUGCAAGACACGGGAUUUAUGGGCUGUAUACUUUGCAUAAUGUCAGCAUAUCAGGCUCUCAGCUUAAUAGUGGAAGAAAUACAAUAUUUCUAACACAAUCAAAUGGCGUAGGCCCUUUCCAAGGACUUAUGUAUGACUACCUCCGGUUUGAAGGGCCUCCUAACUCGAAUUGA